ACAAAACCCUACUGCUGUAAAGCAUUGAAAUAUGAAAAACUCCUUCCUGAUGGGGUUCAGUCUUACUUCAUUUCUAUCCAUUUUGUUAUGUAGCUUGAUUGACAUGGGCCUAACAUCUGUGCUUAGUUGGUUAUUUUUUGUAAGUGUCUGUGGGUGCCUAGGAACAGUGGGUUAACUGGCUUGUUCAGGGGCAGAACGACAUAAUGAUGAUGUUUAAACCAUGAAGAUGUAAAUACUACACUACACUGAAUCUAUUUUAGCAUGGCAUGGGGUAGUCCCAUUAGUGCAGUCCCCUUGGGAUAGGAUGGAGGGCCUAUAGUUUAACACCUGUUGACCCCACAUGGUUACCAAUUCAACCGCAAAACCUACAUUAGGUCUGACCUUAAAGUAAUGUGAGCAUCUUGCUUGCUUGUGCAUUGUGGGUGGAAAAAUGCUUCAAUUAACCUGGGACAAAUACAAUUCAGCUGUCGAUAGAGUAGGAGGUCGAAUAGGUAUGGCUCUAUGGUGCAGGCUACAAUGAUAUAGGGCCGAAAGUGUCAUUAACAAUAGAAGGAAUAGGUUUGAUGAACUUCAAACAUAUUCACAUUGAUUGCCACGUGCUUAAUCAACUUCUACAGAUCAACUUCAACCAUCAUGUGAACACUAUUUAGGUGGAGACUGUAAAUGCUUCAUUAUUUACAUCCAUAACACACGCGGUGACGCUGCCAGUAGCAUGCGGCUAGAAAUGAGACCCAAUUGUGCGUGAGUGAUUUGCGGACAAUACGUAUUUUGAUAGCACUUUCUCUUCCAGUCAGUCAUUUUAUGUCCAUGGGCGAGUUCGUUUUUCUUUGCCCGGUGUGUCGGGUGCGGGGACUUUACACAUUUUAGUCCAUUCCAUUGGUCCUUAAAUACAUUCACCACUCACCUGGGGCCAUGCAAAACGAACUGGCCCAUUGAGUAAAAGCAACAUUGUAGCUGUUGAAGUUGAAAAAUGCUACUGUUUACUGGAAACCCCACCCCAACUGAACCUCACCCUGGAUGAAAUAUGGUUUCCACGAGUUACCACAGCCGCAAAGUCUAAAUUGACUAUCGUAAAAAAAAACUCUAAUUGUGCUUUUUGGUCUUAAUUUAAGGUUACGGUUAGGCAUACGGUUAGCAGUGGGGUUAGGAUUAGGUUUAAAAUCACAUUUUAAGAAGAUUUGUAGAAACAGGCGGGGUUUAUGACUUUGUGGCUGUGGUAACUAGUAACGACCAUGAAGUAGACGGAGCACAGUAGUAGCAGCUGCCUGUGUUUCCUGGGCCACGAUAAACUGUAGUCUAGACUAUUUACACUGUAUUUUAUUUAUACAUAUCAAAAUGUCUCAUACUGUUGUUACUACCACUACCACGACGACAUCGUCUUCAGGCGAAGGGUUCUUGAACUUGGGCUAUACUCGCUCUGUACAAGGAUUACUGAAAAUCGCCCAAGUGGUAGCCCUCCUCAUUGCGUUCCUGUGUGUACACUGUGCACGAGGUUGGACUGAUUUCUCAGCCUUUCGGUACUUUGAGGUGGUGACGCUAUGGUUCCUCAUAGCCUUCCUCAUCUUCUACCUCAUGUACGUGUUCAGACUGCAGAGUAAGAUCCCCUGUAUCAACUGGACAAUGACGGAGUUACUGCAUUAUGGCGUUGGGACCAUCCUGGUCUUCAUUGCCUCUAUUGUUGCAGCUGUUAAGAGUGGAGGUGUGUCUGAACUAGAAGCUGGUUCGGCAUUUGGCUUCAUCGCCACAUUCCUACUGGCUGUCAGCAUAUGGACAUCCUAUAAGGUCACAUGUGGUUCCCAGCCAACCAGUGCUUCUGUGUAAAACGGAUCUAUCAUUUCUUCCCCUGAAGUACCAAGAUGACUUCAUUGUCAGUGUGCUGUGCGACAGUAACUUCUUACCCCAACAACUGGCCCGGGGCCCAUUAAACAAUCAGAACUUCAGUUUAGCCCGAGACUGGUUUCACUUCAGGAUAGUUACAAGUUAGCCAGUUAACUUUGUUAAACACUCUAUUUUGUACAAUUUACAAAGAAAGCUUAAAGUAAUUUCUCUUUCUUUGAGAUACACCAUCCUGAUGACUGGUCAGUUGUUAGGGAUAAGAAGUCACCUGUGUGUGCUUUGAAGAGCAGGCAGCUGUUGUUUCAUAUAAGUGCCUCCAUAGUGUUUAAACUAAGGGCUAGGCUGAGAGCCAGACCAAACCACCCCUCCAUCUUGAAUGGUCGCUAUUUGAAUGCUUUGAAAUCAAGAGGACAUAAGCUGUUUUUCAGUGUUACCCAGAAGCUUUUUAGAGUUAGAUAUGUCAAUGCCACCCCUGUUUACAUUAUUUAUUUGAGAGCAAAUUUUUAUGAUGAUAAAAUGUUGUGCUUUUAUGUUCACGCUUACUAUUGUAUGUCUGUCACAGUAUUAUAGGCUGCUUAUGAGAAGAAUAUAACAAUAAAAAUGUCAACCUUUA